UAAGGCAAAAUUGAUCCUAUCGGUGCUACAAAUUAAACAAGGAUUUACAUCAUAAUCACAGAUUUGUUUCUUAAGGUAAACGGUUUUAAAGCGUCAUCAAGGGGACGCGUCUCUCGCUUUUGUUCAAACAAAUUGAAAUUUUUAUUGGCAAUCGCAAACGUUCUUGGCCAUCAUGAGCAGCCCCGUUGAUUCAUCUUUUUCGAAGCAUUUUGAGUUUUGGGAUAACUUUUACAGGGCUGCAGGUUCAUCAGGUGCGCGAAAAUGCGGAGGCUGUGGACGCCUGGUUUACGCCCCCGAACAGGUCUUAUGCCUCAGCCAGGCGUGGCAUCGAAGUUGUCUCCAGUGCUCUAAUUGCGGGAAUCGCUUGUCACAGUCCAGUUAUAACGACGUCGAUCGUGCUCUUUACUGUGACGCAUGCUACCGUGUGGAGUCAGCGGUGAACCGCUUCGCGUCGAAAAAAGCGCGAGCUGCGGAGUCGCUUGACAAAAGCAUAGAAGACUCCGUACUGGACAUUUUCCAGAACGUGUUGUUAUUGUCGCCCGGACCAUCGGGGAUCAAGUCCCCCGAAUUCGGACCCAUAGAGGGAGACAAACAACGUUGCGCGAAGUCAAAUGUGAACGCCGACCACACACUAACUGGCCUAUGGGAGACAAGUAGCUCACUUGAUAACGCCGACAUACGAAACUCCUCCUCCGACGCCAACGACACUUCAGCUGGCGUUUUCCCUUCUGACUGCACAAACUAUUCGCAGCCCAUCUCGCAGUCAGGCUUUGUUUGUGGCCCGCGUUUAGAUGCACGUUCUAGGUCGACCUCUUGUGAAGAUUCUCCCAAGCGAUCAUUUGGAACACGAUACGAUGAUGGUUCUGCCUGGAAACCGAUACGGAAUCAGGACGUCGAUACGAGCGUUGGUAUAACCCAACCUAAGCCAACCAGGAGACGAUUUUCCAGCGCUCUCGAACGGGCCCCUCUAGAGCGACUUAAAGGUGAAAAACCAAGCGUCCGAGAGAUCGCAGCCAAAAUCAAUCAUGCUGGGCUGCGGACGGGUGGGGUUAUUGGGGUGAGAACCCAUCACUUCUGCGGUGGCUGCAAUAAGACGGUGCAUCCUGAUGAACAGCAAAGGUGUCUUGGGCGAAUGUGGCAUCGUAACUGCAUUCGAUGUUCAAAAUGCUACAAGCCGCUACAAUCAAACGUCCGCUAUUUGGAUUACAGCAUCGAUGACGUUCUUUUCUGUGACACAUGUCUGAGCGUUGAAAUGACGAAAAAGUUUUCGGUAAGGCGGAAAACCCUGGGUGAUGUGGUGGUUCCUAAGGAACUCGCCCGAGAUAAAUGUGAACCAAGCUACUUCUACGUAUAACUUCAUGGAAUCUGUGUUGUCGUCAUAGUCGAAUUUCAGGAAGGCGCUGCCGUCAUGCAUAUAUGUAUCAUCAAAAUACAGUAAUUAAUUUAUUGUAUAUCGUCGUGCUCAAGUUACUGAGCACUCAAGUGGCAGGGUGGCCCAAAACGAACGUUCGGAGAGUACUUUUAAGGGAUGUUUAGCAAAACUUCUGAUUCGUCAUGGUGCUACCCUUUGCUUUUCAGAACUCCUUUGAUACAUCAUCAUGAUACAAUACAUCGCGGCAUACAGUAUCAGUCUAUUAUACCUAAUAUAUUACGAGAAGUCAUAUUUUCAUUUGCAAAUUACAUGUUUCAAUAAAUACACAGUACGAA